CCCGGUCGAGUGCUUUGUGGAACAGUGGGUUUUGGAGGAAAAAAAAACUAUAUUGCUAUAUAUAGCAUAAUAUUUAAAAAAAAAUAGACAGGGAGCAGUCGUUUGGGAAGAAGCGGCACGCGCUGAGCCGAGAUGGGUGAUGUGAGCGAAGAGUCGCUGCUGGAUUAUUUCUACUCGGCCGGAGGCAAUUCGGGCAGGGUCCGAAAUGCAGACAUGCUGAGGACAUUUAAGCCUUUUAUUGGCCACGGUAACCCGGAGCUGCGCGCUAAAUACAGAGAGGAAUUCAAGCUCAUCAUUGACCGAAUCGCUGUGGUGAAGUCAGAGAAUGGCGAGAAAUACCUUUGUCUAAAAAAGAAGUAUCGGCAACUGCUACAGGACCGAGACAACAAGCAUCAGGGGGCUGAUGGAGAACAGUGGGAGCAGCAGGAAGAGACACUCUCAUGCGGAGAGUCUGAUACAAAGGAGCAGCAGACAGGGACACAGCAUACUACACAGCCACCUCCUGCCAUCCGAAUUCAGGAACCCUCAGCGCAAAGUCAUGGAGGGGGUGAGCUGGACAGAGAUUCUGGAUCAAAGUCUGAAUCGGAGCAGGACGAGGAGUCUACGGGCAGCAUGGGCUCUCCUUCUCUCGCUUUGGAUCCUAUAGAGAAAGACUGGAUCUAUUCUGCUGCCAGUGCCCGAGUUCCUGACCUUUCACAGCUGCUCAGGCAGGACCCCGCGCUAGCCAACAAGAAGGACUUCAUCUCAGGGGUAAGUCUCAUCAUAUCUUUUGCCCAACAUGUUUGCAACAUUGAUAACUCUGUCGAAACCAACUUUCAUUUGGACUUUCUUUCACAAAUUGCCAACUUUGAUUCCUCGCUAUCCGAGCUGCAGGCGGCUUUUUUCUCACACUGUCCUGUGACCAUGGUGGACCACCUUCUAAGAGUGGCCCUAAGCCUCUGCCAUCUCCACUCGGACAAGAUAGCACGCUCCUCUUACCCAAAUCCGCCACUUCUCCCACCAAAGUCUCACAUUGUGUUUGUCUUCCCGCUCUCCCCUCAUGACGCGCGCCCGUAUUCCCGCCGGGACGGACUUCCUCGGCCACACAGUUUACAGCUCUGCACUGGGCGGCCAAACAUGGCAACGAGGACAUGGCUGCUCUGGUGGCUAACGCCGGUGCUGAUGUCAAUACUAAAUCACAUGUGAGUAUCCAGACUUUGAACAGGCAGUGAUGGGUAUGUACAGAACGUGAGUUAGUGACUCGAAGAGAUACAAAACAAGGGGUGCUGUGUGAUGGGAGGCAUUGUGUGAUGUAAGGCCCCUUAAAGAUUUCUGUGAAGGUCCAGCUGUGCAAAUGUAUUACAGCAGCAUGUGUUGUGGGGCAGCAGCCGUACACUAAUAAAUCAUAUGAUGUCAUGUUAAUUGUUUCCCAAAACAGGGUGUCUAUGUAUCAGCAUGCAAGUCCAAAGCUAUGCAAUUUUGAGUCAAUUACCAAGCAAUUAUGUUUUUACCAUUAUCUGCUGUUUCCAUAACCUUAGCUAAUUUGUGUAUUUUCUUUCCCCGUGCUGUUUUCAUUGGCUGUGUUUGGACCUGGGAAACACAAGGGGGUAGGUGCUAAAACCUUCCAUCACCUUAGCCCGCUUGUUUCCAAUAGGAGGCUAAGCAAAAUAACAAUGUCAACUUUGACCAGUUCUGUCUGGGUAAUGUUAGGGGUGUGUUUGAAGAGGGAACAUUCUCAAAACAUACCUGCCUGGAGCUACGUUUGCUCCUUUUUUAAAAACAUUAUUUAUCUAUGUUCUGCAGGGAUACACACCUUUACACAUUGCUGCUUUGCAUGGUCAUCAACAUAUCCUCGACUUGCUCAUAGGGAGUUACGGUGCAAAAGAAAACUUACGAGAUUACAGUGGCCAUCUUGCCUGCCAUUAUCUGAACAUCCACCACGCGGAAUAUCCGGGGCCAGGGGAAGAUUGUGAGCUGCAGUUUCAAGUAACACAGGCGAGAGAAAGGAUCAAGAAUAGGAAGCUGGUAUCGCUUUUCCACUCCAAGAAAAAGUGGGGGUCAGCGGAGGAGCUGGCUCCAAUCGAAGAGGAGAAGACCUCAUCACAUCAGCUGGUCAUUCCUGCUUUCAGACCCCGCAAAUUCUCCCGCUGAGGAAAAAACACAGUUAUGUAAACACCUGUGUAUAAGGUGUAUUUAUUAUGUGCCCCCACAGUUAACAUGACGCCCGGUCUUUAAGAAGUGCUGCAGUUGAUGCUUUGUUCAUGCGUGUGUUUUUCUCACCUAUAUUUUUACUUAGAAAAGGUUUAUUGUUUUUAUCGAAGUUCUAAAGAUUUCUGCUGAGGUCAGGCAGUACACACAUCAUAUUUUACCUUUUAUUUAAUCAGACAAACUGGAAGAAACAUAUCAUCACUCUUAGUGAUGUGCUAGCUGUUGCAGUUUUUGUAACAUGUUGUGAAAACUGUUCUAAAUUGUGUGUUUGAGAUUUUUUUUUAGUUUGUGGAUUUCAGACAGCUGAAAUCAAACCACCUUGCCAUCGAAUAUCAUGAAGGAAUUUGUCAGCUUUGUCACCUCCGGGCCCAGACCAGGGGGACCGGGACCUAUCCGUGUUCCCUCAGGGUACUCCCAGCAUCCAAUAAAACAUGCAUGGUAGGUUCAUUUAAAACUCCAGAUUGCCUAGGAGUGUGUGUGUGUGUGUGGUUGUGGUCUAUGUGGCCCUGUGAUUGAUUGUUGACCGGUCCAGGAUGUAUCCUGCCUCUCGCCUAUUGUCAGCUAGGCUAGGCUCCAACACCCCACGACCCAUUUGGCAAUAAGCGGUAUAGAAAAUGGAUGGAAGUUAUGAUCUCAGAAGAAAUAAAAGUCAUUUUAAAUGUUACUUAGUCUAUUUAUAACAGACUAAAUCUAUUUCAAUAAGUUGAAUAUUAAAAAGUGGAUAUGUUCUUGUCCUUUCCUACUUGGACAUUUUCCUUAUAAUGAAAUAAUGGCAGUGAAUGAGAAAUAAGAGCCACACAUGUUUUUUUGUUUUGUUUUUUAAACUUUUUUAAAAGUUACAUUCUUCACUAAAACCCUGAAAAUGUUAUUUCUGAAAUUUAUACAUUAUUCACUUAUAUAAGGAUAAUUAGAAAAAACCAUUUAUUUUAUUUAAACCUCCAGGCUGUUCAAUUUUUACAGUUAAAUGUUUUUUUAUUUAAAUUGGAGUGAAAAUAUUGGAAUUUCUCAGAUAUCCAAGAAUGCAGCACAUUGAGUCUGAAAUACAUCUUAUAUGAAUAUAAGAUCAAUCAACAAAAGUAGCAAAAAUCUAAAAAGAGAAACAAAAAAAAGAGGACACACGUUGCAAACUUAUCACCAGUUGUGUGAAGUAUCUGUUACACUUUUAUGAGUCUGCUUCCUGUCAGUUUGGGAUGUUGGUUUUCCUGUCAUGUUGCAGUUUGUCUGUGUCAUGUUUGAGAAAUGAUCAAAUGAUUUGAUUGCAUUCUCAUUAUUUCUACUUAUCCACUGCUUAAAUAAGGUAUAUUGAGAAACGAAUUGUAUCACAUGCUGCUUUGCAGGUGGUUGUUGAUUUGUUGCCCCGCUGUGCAUCAAAUUGCCUGUUAAUCUCUCUCAGAAAAGACGCUCCGUGCCAUUUGUGCUAUUGAUAUCGCCUAAAAAACAUAUAUUUUUGCACAGUAUUUAUUAUACAAUGAACAUUUUUUGUCAUUAAAAAAAUUUCUAGGUGGAUUUUUGUAGUAUUUUCAACCUUUCUCUCUUCAGACACCCUAAAACUGCUACGUUCUCUUUCCGUGGGUACGCCGGAAUUGACAGCUCCAAGAACCUGUAAUAAAGCCCCCCCCCCCCCCCCCCUUCCCCUCCUAUCCGCACAAUAAGUUGAGUUUUUAAGCUUCCUUUGAUCUCACUUUAACUACCUGACUUUAUGGGGUACAGCUGGAGCAAAUAUGGGCCCCGCUAACUCUCCAUACGGCUUUAGACCUUAAUUCCUGAUUAGCUGAAAAGGGCAGCACUUGCUUUCGGGUCUUUGGGAUAUCAGACGACACAGAGGGGAACAGAGGCAAGUGUUUUUGUGCUUCAUUUUUGAAGCAGUGAUGUUGGAAGGAUAAGAGGGAGUUUCUGUAAUAGAUACUUAUCUUACUGCCCUCAAGCCCCUCAAACAAAGUCCCCCUCUGAAGAGAUUAAAACCCAGGGAGGGCACAUUAACUCUAAUCCAUUGCUUUGAGGCCUCGCACCCCCAUACCACCCUCUGCCCCACUUAUUUCAACCCUUCUGUUGUUUUGGGAGGGGGGGGGUACCUUGUUUCUAGUGAGUGUAUGUGUAAGGUCUACACAUGAGAGGUGUGUGUGCGCAUCCAUAUGUGUUUGUGUGCAA